AUGCCAAAUGGAAAACAAUAACUGAGCAAAUUAAGAAAGCUGUGGAAGUCUACAAACCGUGCGUAAAGGAGAACUGCAGCUGCCACCAAAGUGUCUGGAAACAGGACCUGGCUCCUUUUCAAGGUGGCAUUUCCAAGGAAAUAAUAUCAGAAGCGGUGAGCCAGAAGCUUGGGACACACUACCAAAUCGUUAAGAACAAAUUGUACCGUGAGCAGGACUGCUUCUUCCCUGCAAGAUGCAGUGGAGUUGAGCACUUCCUUCUGGGGAUCAUCAGCCGACUCCCUGACAUGGAAAUGGUGAUCAACGUGCGAGACUACCCCCAGGUCCCCAAGUGGACAAAGCCCAUUAUCCCAGUCUUCUCCUUCAGUAAGACAUCUGAAUACUACGAUAUCAUGUAUCCUGCCUGGACGUUUUGGGAGGGAGGACCAGCCGUUUGGCCGAUUUACCCAACAGGUUUGGGGCGCUGGGACCUCAUGAGAGAGGACCUCAGAAGAUCUGCAGAAAAAUGGCCAUGGAGGAAAAAAAUCUCUAAAGGAUAUUUCCGAGGAUCCAGAACAAGCCCUGAGAGAGAUCCCCUCAUUCUGCUGUCCCGAGAAAACCCGGAACUUGUGGAUGCCGAGUAUACUAAAAACCAGGCUUGGAAAUCUGAGAAGGACACCUUGGGAAAGCCCCCUGCAAAGGAAAUUCCACUGGUUGAUCACUGCAAAUACAAGUAAGAGUUUUGAUCAGUAAAGCUGUUCAAGAGCUAUAUGUUAUUUCUCUCCUUGCAUGGUGUAAGGUCAUCUUUUAUUUUAAGGUGUAACUCCAGCUCCAUGCAGACAAGAAAGCUUGUGAACAGACUUGAGGCAGUUGAAAACUUGGGAGCUUAGCGUUGGCCUCUUUCAGUGUCAGCUUUCCCUUGUCAGGUUAGGAGA